AUAGAGCUUAUCCCCUCACGGGACGCUAGCAGACUCUAAAGGUAUCAGCAGGAGAGAGCAAGCAGACACUCGAUCAAGCAAGCGACACUCACGUUCACUUUGAGGGAAAUAAUCAGUGGGCAUCUCUGGUAAAGAUACAACACAGAUCUUGUGCUAACAUGGCUGUAUUAGCUCGAAACGCCGUCUUGCUACUUCUUAUAAUUGUAAGCUGGACUAAAGCAAACGAUCUUCCCAAAGAAAUCAACUUAUUUACAGAGGUAGGGUUGCCAAAUGCCCUUCCUACAGGCGUAUCGAGCGCGGUCGGUCACCAUAGCAACACCCCAGCGUAUCGCUUCUCCGACCAGACCGGCCACUUGAUAUCGGGGCAAAGUGGGAUGGAUGCCGCGCGUCGCGUGAUUGAGACGAGCCAUGACUUCAUCGUUAGCGCGUGGUGCAAAGUUAACGAAAUGAGUCGCUUUGGCAAGAAUACCAUCAUUUCCAUCAGCUCAGAUAACGGUCAGCAGCUCUUCUUCUUCUUCGCUGUCUCGAGCGACUGGCAGACAUCUCGGCUUAACAUAGAGUUCACCUUCAUCUCAUCUAAAGGCAGCAUGGAGACCAUCAAAGUCACCACGAGGAGAAGCGUGGACUUCAAGACCUGGCACAAGGUCUCCAUGCGUGUGCAAGACCAGGAAAAGUUGAUCCGUUUUUACCUGGACGACGAGAUGGUGGAUGUGCGCAAGUUUGGCUACUCGUUUAGCGUUCUGCCCUCGAAUGCGCAGCUGCGGCUCGCGCAGGUCUACGAGAUCCUCAUGGAGGGCACCGCAGAGAUCGGACAGAGGUUCAAGGGUAAUCUUCAGGAUGUCAAGAUAAUUCUGGGGAUUUCUCAAGGGGCGUGCCCAACCCCCUCCAUGUCACCGUGUCAAUGCCCGUCUGUCGGAGGUGACGGGUGUACGAUGGAUGGGCGUGGUUAUGCUAAUGGCCAGCAGUGGACAAAGGACCAGUGCAACACGUGCCAAUGCAAGAAAGGAAAUGUCUUUUGCGUCCACACAUGUCCCGUAUGUAAAGAUGGUGACAAGGUUCGUCUCCAUGGUGACAAAUGGCAUCCAAGCAACGACAGCUGCUCGAGUUGUAGAUGCGAGAUGGGGAAGAUCACGUGCUCUCCGCCCGUCUGCCCUCAGCCCAUGUGCGCAAGCAAGCACACCCCAGAUAGGACUCCUUAUUCCGGCGAGACGGUCACCCUCCCAGGAACGUGCUGUCCGAUAUGUAAAGAGGACCAAUGCAAGCCGAUUGGCAAAGAAUACAACAAGUGCGGGUGCGCAAGGACUUGCCAAAAUCACCAUCUUCGGGAUCCCUGUGACGGCCAGUGCUCAGAGGGUUGUUUCUGCCCAAGGGGUUUGGUGAUGAAUGAGGACGGAAAGUGUGGGUCACCCUCUACCUGCAAGUGUUCGUACAAAGGACGAGUCUUCAAGCCUGGGCAGUUCUACUCUGCUACCCCCUGCAAGUUUUGCAUUUGUCUCAUGGGCUAUAUGCACUGUAAUAGCUUGUGUUAGACAGCUUGGACUACCUUUGUUGCUGCUUUUCAAGAGAAAUUAGGUUGCGUUUGGUCAUUGCAUUUGGACUAACUUUGGUUCUGUUCAAGAGACCUUGGGCUACCUGUGGUGAUUCUGCACAAUAGACUUGAGAUGGCCUCAAUUUUGCUUAGUUCAAUAUUAGAUAAAGAGAAAGAAGGUAUAAGCGUAUAAAUGCUUCUUAUUACUAGCGAAGGAUGAGGAGACCUUCUCCACUUCCUUCUUAAGGCUAAAAAUACAUACGUGGGAUUAUGUCGUGAUCCCGUCACUGUUCGGACAUAUACCUAAAACUUGCUCCUAAGAAUGAAAAAUAUAUUUUUUUUGUAAAAGCGAACGGAAGACGUAAAAGAGGAGGGAGGGGAUUCCACUUUGCCGUUCCUCUCUGUUCUUUUUUACACUGGGGGGGGGGGGGGGGGGGGGGCAAGUCUUCUCACUGUCCUAUAGAUGUAUGUUAGCUUAAUAUCCCCCCUCCCCCCCUGGGGUCCCUGAGCGAAUCAUGUGCUUAUUAAGCUUUGGGAAGUUUGAGAAGCUAUUGAUUCCUGUACGAUACAUACACACUCUAUUGUAAAUAGCAUUAUUUGUCUUAUAUAGUUAUCUUUCUGUCAUCUUUUAUUUAUUUUACAUGAUCAAACACUGAGUGUAAGCAUUUUAUAUCGACUUUUUUUAAAUAAAAUUGGGCUUUUUGGCCUUCAGGGCAUUUUGUAGAA